AGCUACGAGGUCGAGCAAGUGGACGACGAAGUGCGAGAUUUUGCCACUUCUAUAGGUUUCCAUGUCCAGAAUUUGUGUACUGAAUUCUACUGAGAGGUGAUAUUAGAUACAAUCCACAAGAACUCGAAGGAGUAGCAUUACGUUAAAACUGAAUUUCCAGUGUUAAGGGCCGUGGCAGUUUCCAGUGGGGCCGUAUUCCUGUGAUUCUACAGAGCCUGAGGUACCGGGUAUCUACUCACAACACAGAUAACUUCCGGUGCCAAGAACUAAGUGCCAUGGAUGUGCAGAGGUUCAAUGUGACUUACGGACUUGAAGCACACAGCCUCGAACAGAUUACAAAACAAAUCUCAUGUGUAAGUAGGAAGAGCCCCUGAACUCACCGUACAACUAACUUGAGCCUCACGAUUCGGACAAUACACGUGAAUCAGAGUUCGAUACGCGACUCUUCGUUAGCUGUUACCUAGCAACAGCAUUCAAAUACAGGGGAUGAACGUAAAUAUGAAAAAAGUUACAGAAAACAUUCCAAUUGUUGCACUGGUUUUAUUGCUUCCUCCGCACUUAUCACAUGCACGCCAUGUGGCGUGUUCAAGCUUCGUACCACUUAAGGAAGAAAGCGACGAUGGUGCAGUGAAUUUUGGCUUGAAACUUGUAAAUCUUAGUGUGGAAGUACUGACAUCUGUUGAUACGGUUAACGUAGCCCUCGUUCAGAACAAUAUUAGUUCAGCGUCGAGAUCUCAGUGGAUACAGAAGUUGUUUCCAAACUGGAAAGCUUUUUACAUCAAACACAAAAUUUCGGAACAAGAUUUCAACGUGUCAGAAGAAGAAAAAUUUUACGCUUUAAAAAUGUAUGUGAACCCAACUAUAUUUGUCAUCAUUAUGACCGUCGGUCUGACACAGAACGGAACACUUAUCCUAAUCUUCCUGCGUCACAGAGAGAUACGAACCACGGCCAAUACCAUGAUCUGCAACCUCGCAGUAUCUGACAUUUUGAACCUCAGCAUCUCCGCACCUCUCUUCUGCAUGUUCCACUACCCUCACAACGCUCCUGGUGACGUCAUACCCUGUCGGUUGUACACCGCGGGACGUCACUUCCUGCUGUGUGUUAGCGCCUUGUCUGUGCUUGCCCUCAGCGUCCAACGCUACUGCAUCACGGAUCCGAAAUUUCUGUACUCUCACAGGAAGAGCUGGUCGCCGACCACAUCGCCGAUGCUGUACGUCUUCGCAGUGUGGCUGCUGGCAUUUCUAAUCGCACUGCCCAUGUUUCUCUUGCAAGGUGUGUACGGCUACCUGUGCUCCUCGAACACAGAGGAGUCUCCAACCAGGAUUCUCUUCCUUCUAUAUUCCCUCAUGUUCUGCGUUCUACUUCCGAGUCUGAUGUUCUUCCUCAGCAUGCUGACGGCUCGGCGCCUGCGCAAGAGUGCUGUCAUCAUGCCGUGCGCUCUACGUCACACGACACAAGAGCGUGCGCGAGUAAGGAGCGCGAGGAUUGUGACCAUCCUGGCCCUGGUCUUCUUGCUGACCUACUUCCCCCUCUGGCUGUGGGCCGCAGUGGUGUACUGGACCGACCCCGACAGGCAAAGUGCUCCAGUGCUGAUCUCCGAAUACGUCACCAAGUAUUUGCUUUUUGCUAACGGGUGCCUGAACCCCACUGCCUUGUGUAUAGCUAGCGGGACGUUCAGGAAGUUAUUCAAACGCUACCUGUGCUGUUCGGCUGAGCCAGUGGAGAACAGACAAAGUGAUAUGUAAAUUUCUUAAGUAACGCACACUCACAUGAUGAAGUGAAUCAGGACGCGAGUGAAGAAUGCCGACUGACUUGUCUACCGUACUUCCAUUCUACUGAAGAUGAAUAUACAACAAGGUGUAAACCACGCAGAUUGAGAUGUUACCUUACGGCAGUGGUUCUCAACCUUUGUGAGACCGCGGCCCGGUAAAAUUGAUGCCAGGAUCCCGGUACCGGGACGCGGACCGGCGGUUAAGAAACACUGCCUCACGGUAUGUUGAUUCUUGCAGCAUGGAUUUGCCAGGAGUCCAGUGGCAAAGAGAUAAACCCAAUGGUGGAGUGUGGCUAUACUGUUUGCUCUGACGCCAGAAUUUUGACGUGUCUUAUGCUGUAUUAGGAUUGUAAAUGGUAGAAAACGCCAUUGGUUUUAGGUACGGUAUAGGUUUUGUACAAACGUCACGGUACAGUUAUGAAUCAUGCUGUGGACCCAUAUUUCUAUGCAUUCAAAUUUUUACCCGAACCGAAUAUGGUGAACAGGAAAUGUGGAUUUGUUUCUGGACGUCGUGUAGAUAACUUACUUACUUACUUACUUACUUACUUACUCAUUCAUGGAACUGAGCCCUU